GAGGAUUGGUGCACAGAAAUAGCUGACCAAUCCCGGAGCAGGCAGAGCAAAGAUAACAAAGCAAAGAGGCAGGCCCGGAAAGAAAAAAUGCUGGGGAAAAGGUGAAAGCGCAGCAGAGGAGAGUGAGGAUGGGUGGAGGAGAGAGCGGCUCUUAGUGACGUCUCCCAUGAGGAGAGGAGAGGAAAGAGAUGAGCGAGGAGAGGGAGGUAAGAACAUCCAUCAGAUGAGGCAGCCAUGAGCCGAGGAGAGCCCGCCAACACCAGCAGGCCUCGCUACCAGCUGUAAACGCACAACAUCUGAAGCAUGAGGACGUCGAGGAAGGGAAGCGUGGAGCUGCCCGCGUUUGUGCGGCAGCUGGUCAAAGAGACGGAGAAGAGGGUCAGCUCCUUCUUCAAGGGGGGCCGGGGAGGAGCGGCCGAGGGGGAGCAGCCCGGGGAGGGGGAGAAGGAGGAGGUCAUUCCCAGCCCCUACUUGGACCGGCCGGUGUUGGACAAGCUGGCAGAGGAAGGCUGCGCCCGCUGGGGGCUCACCUAUGCCCUGGGGAGCAUGCAAGGCUGGCGGGCCAACAUGGAGGACUACCACAACUGCGUGCCUCAGCUGGGGGGAGAGCUGGCCGACUGGAGUUUCUUCGCCGUGUUCGACGGACAUGCGGGAAACAUGGUGGCACAGCACUGCUCGCAGCACCUUCUGGGUCACAUCCUGGCUACAGGUGGCCUAAGGCCAGAAGACGACACAGACAAAGUGAAAGGGGCCCUAACAGAAGGCUUCCUGCAAACGGACAAGCAUCUCCACGGCGUGGCCCGCCGAGAAGGAUGGGAGAGAGGCGGCACCACCGCCGUGGCCGCCCUCAUUUCGCCCUAUAACAUCUACUUCGCCAACUGCGGGGACUCGAGGGCCGUGUUGUGUCGCUCGGGUGAGGUUUGCUUCUCCACCGAAGACCACAAACCUUACUGCCCUCUGGAGAAGGAGCGCAUUGAGAGCGCCGGAGGAUCCGUGUCCCUCCAACGUAUCAACGGCUCGCUGGCGGUUUCCCGAGCGCUGGGCGACUUCAGCUACAAGGGGGCGGAGAACAGAUCGGCCAACGAGCAGAUGGUGUCGCCCGAGCCGGAGGUGUGCGUCGUGGAGCGUUCGCCGGCCGACGAGUUCCUGGUGCUUGCCUGCGAUGGAGUGUGGGACACGAUCAGCAAUGAGGAGCUUUGCGCCUUCAUCCACAACCGCCUGCUCGUGUGCACCGACCUGAGGGACGUCUGCUCGCAGGUCAUUGACCUCUGCCUCUACAAGGGCAGCCUUGACAACAUCAGCAUCAUUCUGCUGUGCUUCCCCGGCGCUCCUCAGCUGUCCACCGAGGCGUUACACCAAGAGGCCGAGCUGGAGGAUAUGCUGGAGUCCAAAGUAGCAGAGAUUUAUGAUGAGCUGUGUGCCAGAGGGGAGGAUCCUGAUUUGCUGGCGGUGCUCACAGUCCUCGCAUCUACCGUGAUCCCCGGAUUACCACCAGGGGGAGGCAUACAGAGCAAAAGGAACUGCAUCAUUUCUGCUUACUACCAACAGAGAGAGUCGCACAACCCUACAGUACCAAAUUCCAAUCAGGGAAUGGAAGGCUCCUGAAGAGGCCGACUGGAUUGUGUCUAUGAAGGGAUUGUAAUUAACGUCUACAUUUACUGUUCGAUUCAUGUUUCUAAAUGGACAAAAAAGGGAGUUAGUUGUCAGUGUCUGUUUACAUCAUUUUAGCGAGCAGCACCUUUGUCGUAACAAAUACAAUGCAAAAGUAGGUCUAGUUCAGCCUGAUACAGUCUAUAUUUGUACAAUUGUUAUCUAUAAAUAGAGGAGAUUUUGUAAGACUUUCUCUGCGACGCUGACCCAGCAACAAACUUUUGCCUCAUAUUCAGUGAGCGGAAGAGCUCAAGCCAGUAGAACUGAACAUCAGCUACCGUGAAAUAAAAGCGUUUGUGAACGUGAGUAUGCACUUCUGAAGCUCGUGUUCGAGUGGAAAAUGCACUCGUUGAUUAUUGAUACGCGGACCUCCAAGGAAAGCUAUGAGGUCCAGUUGUUCCAUCAGGAAAUGCUAUCAUGCUACCAUGCUAGCUGUUGGAAACGCACAACAAAAGUUCCCUUGUGCUGCAUUUUUGGGGGGGAAAGGGGACAAUCUAAUUUAAUAAUGUGAAGAACAAAAUCGAUUUCAAGUUGUGUACGUUGAGGUUUGUACUUUCAUUCGAUGGUUUAAAUCAAUAUAUUGUACUUUUAAGGAAAGAGUAAUAAGAGUUUUUGUUUUUUUACAAGAAGUCAUCAUAAUCAUUCAUUCUUAAAAUAUUUGAGAAAAAGAAACGGCAUUAUUACACAAAAUGGAGGGGGUAUGCUUACAUUGAUUGAUUGAUUGAUUGAUUUGGUUAUUUAUGCCAUAUUCUCAAUGACAACUACCUGAAAACAUCCUUAGUAUAUUGCAUGUGAAAUGCAAAUUUUCCCCUUGCAUGUUGGUAAAAUGUGUACUGCCUUAUCGUUUUCUCGAUCGGGAUGAUCAAUAAUCAGGUCCGCUCAUUCGAUUCUUACUGUUGUAUGAUCUCAGUGCGCAACUUUGUCUUUCUAGGUAUUACAUGUGAACAAUGAAAUGGUUUUCAGCCUAAAUAAAGAAUAUUUGAACUACCGU